GCAAAUCUGGAACCAAGCAGCUUCCCACUGACUUUUCUCGCAGGCAAGUAGGAGGGCUGAACAGGCGGGCAAAAAUAAACAGCACGGCUUGAUCAUAACCAUAUGCUGGCUGAGGAAAUACAAUAGAGGACAGGAGACCUAAAUAAGUCACUUAAAUCUAUAAAUAGGCUGUGAGGGAAACAGGGGGCCGGCCGGGGCGGCACAUCUGCAAACAAAUUUUUCUGCCUGAAUGUCAGGAAAGGCGAGAGCAGGCGAGAGGAAGCGAUCUGCUGUUUCACACACGGCUGGCGAAGGAAUGUGGAGUCACCUCCUCGGCCCGCGCUCGUCUCUCCCUCGGCCCGCCCCUGGGCUCUGACAAACAUGCCGACCGGACCGGGGCCGUGUGGACUUUGCGGCGCUGGUGCCAGCGGGAAAGUGACACACCAGGAGGACCGGGCCGGCCUCUCCGCGGAAUCCGGCCCUGGAAAAGACGAGUACAGUCAUCAGCCAAAGUUCUCCGGAGGGUGUUCCUGUUCCCUUAUAUGGCAACCGAGCUGGGAAAUCAUUUGAAUCGGUCUGGAUUCUGCUUGCAUGCCUCUCAGUGGGGACUGACUCGAUCUGCCACCGCUCUUUCCUCGCCUUCUCUUCCUGGGACAACAAGAAGGCGUUUUGUGUUUGCGUGUUGACGUUCCCCUCCUCUCCCUCGCCCUGGAAUACACAAACACACACCUGGCAGCCAAGACCUGGAACAGGGUCUCCAUACAAGGAAGACUGAGGAUUCUAGACCUCGUUAGCAAAGGCGACCCAGGCUGGUAAAAUUCUUCGGAUUGCCUUUUUGUAAAAGACUUUAAACGUGAAGAUGACGCCCCUGUGAUCCCGAGGCCGAAAACUCUCUCCUCAUGUGGACUACCUUCACCGGGCUGGCUCUCCACAUCGGUCGCCAUGGCGACGGCAGCGUGGUAUCACCGUGACAUCAGCCGCGUGCACGCCGAGGACCUGCUGGCGAGAGCCGGGAGGGACGGAAGCUUCCUGGUGAGAGACAGCGAGUCCGUGCCAGAAGCCUUCGCUCUGUGCCUCCUGUUCCAGCGCCAUGUUCAUACGUAUCGCAUCCUUCCCGAUGACGACGGUCUCCUGGCAGUCCAGCAGACCACACAAGGAGUGCAGGUCAACUGCUUCCGGACUCUGGAAGACCUUGUUUUGGGAUACCAGCACCCCCACAAAGGCCUGGUCACCCCUUUGCUUUACCCCGUGCCCCAUGACGCCGACACAGGCGACGAAAGCUCAGAUGAGGAGAAGACGCCUCAAAGUUCAGCCCCUGUCAACGCAGUCACCUUCACCACACCGCCGCCGGCAACACCAGACCCGCACGCGGUGUUCUUGGAUAAGUUGCAGGAACUGAACACGUCAAAUACUGCCAGCGACGUGGUCUCACUGCUCAACGGCUACUUCUUCAGCGAGCUGCCUCUGGAUAUCGACAACGUGCACAAAGGGGCGUCGGCACUUUGCCACCUCAAGCGUAUGCUGGGCGUGGCCUGCCAGGGCCUGAACAGUGAAGUCGACCUGACACUCUCAAGUCUGGAGACCCUGGCAAAGGUUUUUGACCACCCCAGCUGCUCCUUGCCAAAAACAAAUGUGCAGAGUCCAGACAUGGAGGUGGACAACCUGUUGUGUAAGAUUUCAGCCUUGGUCAGCCUUCUUUCUUCGCUGGAAAAAAAGGUACUUAAGGCCCUCCAAGACGCAGUCACCAAUCACAAUCUGGCAGUGCAGCCUAACCCGCCUCCUCCGGAACCAACCGCCAUUCUUCCCACUUCUCCCAAGACUCACUGGCAUCGGCAGCUGCCGGUUCACUCCUUCCAGGUAAAGAUGCUGCGCUAUGGCAGGCAGACCGUGUCGGUGGACGUGGACGCAGGGGUGCUCCUGUUUGACAGGAAAGCCAACUCAUUCGAGGUAGAACGGGUGUCCCACGACCGAGUUCUUCAGCUUGUCAAGUACCAGAGUUGCCCUGCCAAGGUACGCCUGGUGAUUGACAGCCACCACAACGCACCACGAGAGAUGAUAUUCGAGAGUGUUCGGAAGGGCGACGCCUUCUGCCAACUCCUCCAGCUGAUGAAAACUAGGCACUCGAACCUGAGCGAACCGGACGUCAUCUCCGUUUUUGUCGGCACAUGGAAUAUGGGGAGCUCCCCCCCGCCUCGCAGCCUGCAGUCAUGGGUCACCUGCUGUGGUUUGGGACACACCCCCGACGACUCUGUUGCCUCGCUGCCCCAUGACGUCUACGCCUUGGGCACGCAGGAAAACCCUCAGGGGGAGAGGGAAUGGGCGGAGCAUAUCAGAGCCACGCUUCGCAGCCACACCCAGAUUGACUUCAAACAAGUGGCAGUGCAGUCCCUCUGGAACAUUCGUCUGGCUGUGUUUGUCAAGCCUGAACAUGAACACCGCAUCAGCCAUGUGAGCACAGCCAGUGUAAAAACUGGCCUAGGUAACACUCUGGGGAACAAGGGAGCGGUUGGCGUGUCGUUCCACUUCAACGGAACAUCUUUUGGCUUUGUUAACUGCCACCUGACCUCUGGAAGUGAGAAAGUUCUAAGGAGGAACCAGAACUUUGUUGACAUCCUCAGACUACUUUCACUAGGCGACAAAAACCUUGGCGCCUUUGACAUCAGCCUGCGCUUCACUCACAUCUUCUGGUGCGGGGAUCUCAACUACAGACUGGACUUGGAAGUGCAGGACAUCCUGAAGCACGUGUCCAAGAGGGAGUUUGAGGAGCUCAUGUGUGCGGACCAGCUGACCCGGGAGAGGCACAAGCGGAAGGCCUUUUUGUAUUUCAAGGAAGACAAGAUCGCAUUUCCACCCACCUAUCGGUACGAAAGAGGCUCAAGAGACUGCUACCUGUGGCAAAAGUACAAAACUUCAGGGGUGCGGGUCAACGUUCCGUCGUGGUGUGACAGGAUUCUGUGGAAGUCGUACCCGGACACGCAUGUUCUCUGCACGGCGUACGGAUGCACAGAUGAUAUCUUCACCAGCGAUCACUCGCCUGUUUUUGCUACCUUCCAAGUGGGCGUGACGUCACAGUCCAGCUCCAAAACAGAUCCAUGCUCAGGCGUGGAGAAGGCCUGGAUCGAACUUGAAGGCAUCGAGGCCAUUGUGAAGACGGCAAGCAAGGAACGCUUCUUCAUCGACUUCUCCUCCACUUGCCUUGAAGAGAUGCGUCGCUCCAGCGAGAAUGACUCGCAAAGCUGCGACGUCCCCGGCUUCCUCAAACUGGCCUGGUCCUUCAAGCAGCUGCCCAAGCUCCUGCCACUCAAGUCCGACAUGGACUAUCUGCAGGAUCAGCAUCUGCUCCUGUCGGUCAAGUCAUGUGAUGGCUUUGAGUCGUACGGUGAAUGCUGCGUGGCUCUGCGUUCUCUCGUCGGCGCCUCGGAGCAGUUUGAGACCUUCCUGAGCCACCGGGGUGAAGAAAUCGGCUCCAUCAGAGGACGGGUGCGGCUCCACGUGCCCAAGGAGAGGCGAGGAACCCGCCAGAAGACCCACGAGUGGUUACGUUUUGAGAAAGAGGACAGAGGUGCAGGCAGAGUUCACGCAUCCACGCGAGUCCCAAUUAACAGGUCUUUGGCGGCUCCUACCAAGCCAACCACGAGCAGCUACACCAACCCGGCCUACUUCAUCUUUGAGGGUGUGUCGGUGGUCCGGGGGAUAGAGGAAGCUCUCCCCCCGCAGCGAAGGGAACCACAGGUCAUCUGGGCCGGAAACGAGGCCUUGCAGCUCCCAAAAGUCUCGGGAAGGCACGGCUUCAACGCCCGGUCCUGUCGCCGGUCAGACUUCACGGAAAUUGAAAUCCCGGCCGUCCUCCCUCCGCUUCAGACACCUCAAGCCAACUCGUCCUACGAACUUUUCCCCGCCAAAAAGCCCUCCCCCAUUUCUCCGCCCUCCGGUAAAGGUAUCCCCCUGUGCCAAGACCAGGUGUCCCAGCCUAAGUACCACGCCAAAAAACCACCCCACGACUCCAUUCUGCCGGAGAAGAACUUGAGGAACCUGUACAUGAACCAGUCGGCCAUCAUCCGCCAAAAAGCCAAUAGGAACCUUCCAGAGAGGAAAUCCAAAUCCCCGCCAGUUUUCUCCUUCACCCCGGCUCCUCUGGGACACUGCCAGGUGCCCUCUGCCUGGGCGGCCGAGCAGCAGCCCCUCGGCCCCACAGGCGACAACUCCCUCACCGCUUUGCAGAUUGCCAAGUCGCUCAGUGAGGUGGACUUCUUUCCUGCAAAGCAAAGCGCUCCGUCCUUUCCCGGCCAGAGGCCAGGCUACAGAAAUGGACCCACCUCACACACAGAGAGGGGUCACAGUUGGGAGAAAGAGGUUUCGGUCCUCCAAGGUGCUCCGGAGACGGUCUGUGAGCUCCUCAGUGCUUUGGGUCUGCAGAAGUACACUCUGGGACUCAGCCUUAAUGGCUGGGAUGAUCUGGAUUAUUUCAGCGGCAUCACCGAAGAGGAUCUGCGUGCUGCUGGAGUGACAAACUCCUCUCAUCGACGCAGGAUCUUGGAGAACCUGCCCAGAAACUGGAACUGACACGCGCAGAUCAACAAAACAAAAAACAUGGACAGGAAUCCAGGCAUUAAUCCAGAAGUUUAUUUUUAGCACUCACAGUUUUUGUGGAUCUUACAACAUUUCAGGGAUUUGGUCUUGACUUGGUGCCAUUUUCACUUGUUAUUUUUUAGACUUGUCCAUAGGCUGCUUUGCUUCUUUCCCCCCCGUCCAGAGUUCUACCAGUUUUCCUUCCUGGACAGAAUCAAGAACUGUUGACUCCACUAAAUCGGACGUGGAUCCGUUUAUGGAUCAUUCUGUGGAUUUAACCACCUUGCCAUGUGCAGUGGACCCUCGGAUCUUCCAAUUUAACCUGAAGUUUCAAGGAAAACACGCCAAACUAAGGUAUCAGGAGUGAUAACCCAAAGAGAACACGUCUAAUGAGGACUAUGGCGGUCUUUCUCUUAGGAUUAUUGUAGCCACAUCUAAGGAUAGAUUUUUUUUCAGUCCGCGUAUUGUCGACUGGGCAAAAUCUGUGGUACCGUUUUAUGUUUAAUAUUUUUUUUAAAGAGCAGCUAUCCCUGAAUAAACAGAUCUCAUUUGCAAAAAAAAGUUUAAGGAGGUUUCAUAGAGCUGCCUACAAAUAGUCCAGGACUCGGAAAUUCGAUUCGUAGGAGUCUAAUUUAACUAUCAACCUUACAGUCAAAUCGUCAGCCGUUAAAGAAAAACAUUAUCACAAUUUCUGAAGGGUUAAAACCAAUAAAAAUCAGUUCCCAGUGGCUUAUUUUAUUUUUCUAAGUUUUUCUCAAAAUUUUACCCAUCACGCAAUAUCCCCACAAAUGACUUCAAAGGGCCUGAUUUAACCGUCGUUAUAACCACCCGUUCAUUAUCCUGUGACGUCACAGCGUGACCACACAGAAACAAACACGGCGGAUAGCACAGAAAUGUAUAGCGAUAUUAGCUCGGAUUCAGACUCGGAUUUCAGCGGCGUAAGCGAUUCAACAGAUUACGCAUGUAUUGAAACGGAUGGUUGGAGUGUGGAGGCAGGUACCGAAAACUAAAUUAAAGAAGAAACAGAAGAUUUGAGCCAUGUCACAACAGACCGUGGCACGGGAGGAAGCACGGACGAAUUUGGCGAUUGCCUUCUAACCAACGAUUGGUAUGUGUUUGUUUGGCAUUAAAUGUGGGUGGAGGGAAAGGCUGGAUGCAAAUAUAGCUACAAAUGUACAUACAGCUAGCCUAAAUAGCAUGUUAGCAUCGAUUACCUUGCAGUCAUGCCGUGACCAAAUAUGUCUGAUUAGCACACAUAAGUCAAUAACAUCAACAAAACUCACCUUUGCGAUUUCAUUGACUUUAUGGUUGGAAAUGCAUCUGCUUUGAGUGUCGCAGGAUAUCCACACAUUCUUGCCAUCUCGGUCGUAGCAUAGCUGUCGUCGGUAAAGUGUGCAGAACAAACGAGGGGACAUCUUUUGACCACUGGUGCAUGAAACAUAUGUUUAUUAUUGUGAUUUAAACCUUAAAUAAAAUAGUGAACCUACCAAACAACUUGUCUUUUAGUAGUAACUUGUAAGUAAACAAAGAAAGAUUCCUAAUUAGUCUGCUGACGUAUGCAGUAACAUAUUGUGUCAUUUAUACACCUAUAAUUUUGUACACAAUAUUAAGGACAAGCUGUAAAAAAUUAUUAUUAAUCUACUUCUUCAUUUACUGUUAAUAUCUGCCUAUUUCUCGUUUGACAUGUUCUAUCUACACUUCUGUUAAAAUGUAAUAAUCACUUAUUCUUCUCUUCUUUGAUACUGUACAUUAGUUUUGGAUGAUACCACACAUUUAGGUAUCGAUCUUGUCACGAUUGGGGGGGUCGCAGCUUUUUGCGGGGUUGUUCUCCCAGGAAGGCAGACGGACUACUUGGGACAUGGCGUUUAGGUAAAAACAUGAUUUAAUUUUAACUAAAAAAAAGAUACAAACUCACAGCGGAGGCACAACUUGGGGUAAGGAACAAAACUAACGCAUAAACAGACUAUGAACGUAAAUCAAACAAAACUUACUUGGCAUGGCAUGAGGCACGAAACUAUGGCAAGGCUUCAAACAAGUCAGCACAGAGCAAGAAAAGAUCACAAUGACUCCAGGCCGACCAACAGAAAACGACAGGCUUAAAUAGUGAUGUGGUGAUUGAAAACAGGUGCGUAGGUCAAAACAAAUCAGGUGACAUGACAGGUGAAACUAAUUGGAUGGCAUGGUAACAAAGCAAACAAGGAAGUGCAAAAACAGGACACAAUGGAGUCGUGAGCAAAACAGAAUAUAACUAAACAAAACAUGAUCACAAGACAUGACAAAUCCGAUACCAAGUAGUUACAGGGUCAUACAUUGGUCACAAUGUAUGUCCUCAUGUGUCCAGGGUGGUAUUUAUAAACAUAGUAUACAUUUUUAAAAAACGAAAUAAGAAAUUGUGCUGCUAAGAAAUAUCAAUGUAAUCAUAGUAGUAUCGACAAGACACGCUCCUGUACUUGGUAUCAUUACAGUGGAUGUCAGGUGUAGAUCUACCUAUGGCGUUUGUUUAUAUUGUGACGCCGGUGAGCUAUUGUAUCCUCCUACGGUGUGUCGUGAAGCUUGUUUAGCUCUUACUCAUCCUGCAGUAAGAAACGUACUUUAUUUGUCGCCAUGGAAGCGAGGAUUAGUGAUUUAGAAGUAACUAAAACACUGCAAACUGCGACUGGACGUUAACCGCAAGCUAAAGCAAUGUUAUAACUUAACCUUUAUCUGUAGUUUUUAAGGCAAAAUGUGUCCAUUCUCCCUUUUCUGUCUACACACUGUGUCUGCUUGUAAGUACUCUGUGUGCGCGCGCUGCCGAACGUGCUCCUCUGCUCGUAAAACCAGCAAUGUAAACUAAUGUAAAGUAUCAAAGAAGAGAAGGAUGAUUAUUACGUUUUAACAGAAGUGUAGAUAGAACAUGUUAAAACAGAAAAUAAGCAGAUAUUAACAGUAAACGAACAAGUACAUUAAAGGCCGACUGAAACCCACUACUACCGACCACGCAGUCUGAUAGUUUAUAUAUCAAUGAUGAAAUAUUAACAUUGUAACACAUGCCAAUACGGCCGUUUUAGUUUACUAAAUUGCAAUUUUAAAUUUCGCGCCGAAAUAUUCUGCUGAAACGUCUCGGUAUGAUGACGCGUACGAUGACGCGUGCGCGUGUCGUCUCGGGUUGGAGGGGACAUAUUAGCCCAGCACCACUUACGACUAAAAGUUGUCUCUUUUCAUCGCAUAAUUACACAGUAAUUUGGAAAUCUGUGUUGCUGAAUCUUUUGCAAUUUGUUCAAUUAAUAAUGGAGACGUCAAAGAAGAAAGACGUAGGUGGGAAGUGAUGUAUUGCAGCUGCCUUUAGCAACACAAACACAGCCGGUGUUUCUUUGUUUGUUGUGAAGCUUUAACACAGAGCGGUCAAGCGAACAUGUUUCUCUACGUCAACCAGCAAGUUUUUGGAUGGGAACAUUUUGAUAUGAAGUCAGCUCUUACCGGGGACUUCAGUGGAUUAUGGGACCUCAUCCUGCAGCUGUCAUUAAGGCUUCUGUGAUCUUGGCUCCUCCAUUGGCUUCUCUCUGAGACACUGGCGUUCACCGCAGCCAUCCGACUUUCAGGUAUGACUUUAGAAUCUCACUAAAAGACUAUUAAAACAAUACGCAGAUAAGGGAUUUUCCAGAAUUAUCUUAAUAAAUGUGUCUAAUUACAUCUGAAACGCUACCACUGCCUUUUUUUUUUUUUUUAAAGUGCCUCACUCUAACUUUCCUCAUCCACGAAUCUUUCAUCCUCGCUCAAAUUAAUGGGGAAAUUGUCGCUUUCUCGGUCCGAAUAGCUCUUGCUGCUGGAGGCUAUGAUUAUAAACAAUGUGAGGAUGUAAGGAGCCCUACAACCCGUGACGUCACGCGCACAUCGUCUGCUACUUCCAGUAAAGGCAGGGCUUUUUUAUUAGCGACCAAAAGUUGCAAACUUUAUCGUCGAUGUCCUCUACUAAAUCCUUUCAGCAAAAAUAUGGCAAUAUCACGAAAUGACACAUAGAAUUGACCUGCUAUCUCCGUUUAAAUAAGAAAAUCUCCUUUCAGUAGGCCUUUAAUAAUACAUUUUACAGCUUGUCCUUAAUAAUGUUGAAAAAAUAACAGGUGUAUAGAUGACACAAUAUGUUACUGCAUACGUCAGCAGACUAAUUCGAAGUCUUUACUUACUACUAAAAGACAAGUUGUCUUGUAUGUUCACUAUUUUAUUUAAGGACUAAUCUACAAUAAACAACAUAUGUUUAAAGCCAAUAAUGCCAUUUUUUGGUGGUCUCCUUUAUUUAGAAAAGUAUCGAUAUACAUUUUGGUACCGGUACCAAGAUAUUGGUAUCGGAACAACCCUACCCUGUAGUCAGGUGAGGGGGUUCCGAUCAAUCAUUUAGGAUAUGGCCUGGCCUCUCUGAGUGGUCCAAAGCCCCUCAUGUGACUACAGGGACCACGUUGAAGGAGUAGUCCAUACUCUCUAUACACGACUCUGCAUCAUAUGACCUUAUACUGACCCCUAGUGACCACUACUAUCAUCACAAUCGCUUUAUUUUUCUUUUAAUAAAAGCAACAAUGUAGGUUCGACUGUUAUGGUACUCAUCAGAGAUCAGGGUAACUGCACUUUUGAAUGUCUUUAAAGAGGAACAAUCAUUAUGAAACACAUGACUAUGUUUUUUAAAAUGCAUUCUAAAUAUUAAAAAAAUGCGAUCAAAAGUCUGCUUACAAUGGAGCCUAUAGCAGCCCUAUAAAUUCUCCCUAUAAAGCCCUUGCAAAGGUUUAUAUACAUGAUUAAAGUGUAUAUAUAGUAAGUACAUAGGUAAGUAUACGUAUAGUAAUGGGCACAUUGAUAGUAACAUUUAAUAUUUAUCUAUUUUGAUCGUAUGCAGCGCAUUCAUUUCGAAACUCCAUCACGAUUAAUGUAUUUUUUCAUCACUUACUGUACAAGGUCUGCUGUUUUCAGGAUGCCGACUGCUAAGAUGUUUAUAUAUUCCCAUUUAGAUGAAGAAUGUCCUCACAAAGAAACGUAUCGCCCUCGCCAGUUUGGGUCCAAAAUGGCUGUUGAAGUAUACCAACUUUUCGGAAUACCUACUCAGACUUCUUCUGUCCAGGUGAGAUGCAUGGUUUAUGAUCUGGAAUAAACUUCCAGGGAGUGAGGAAGCAGCAGACCACUCAAUGAGGUAAAAAUAGGGACACAUGAAGUGAUUAAUGCGCCGCUAUUAAUACUUAGUCUGCGUUAGCGCUUAUAAUAACAAUAUGACUAGUACAUGUUUAUAUUCAAGUCACCAAAUGUAAAGGGAGUAUUGUUGGCACUUUUCUAAUGGAUUUUUGGGGGAUUUUAUGGGCAAAAUAGUGGACCUACCAUUGAUCCCGCUGUAAGCAGACUUGUAUUUGGUGUCGUCUUCGCCAGUUUCGGGUCCAAAAUGGCUGUGGAAGUGUACCAACUUGUCGGAAUACCUACUCAGACUUCUUCUGUCCAGGUGAGAUGCAUGAUUUAUGAUCUGGAAUAAACUUCCAGGGAGCGAGGAAGCAGCAGACCACUCAAUUAUGUAAACAUAGGGACACUUGAAGUGAUUAAUGCGCCGCUAUAAAUAGUUUGUCUACAUUAGCACUUAUAAUAACAAUAUAACUCAUAUUUGUUAAUAUUAAAGUCGCGAAAUGUAAAUGGUUAUUUAUUGGUUUUUUUUAGCAAAAUAGUGGACCCACCAUUGAUACCGCUUUAUGCAGACUUGUAUUUCGUGUUGUCCUCGCCAGUUUCGGGUCCAAAAUGACUGUCAAAGUGUACCAACUUGUCGGAAUACCUACUCAGACUUCUUCUGUCCAGGUGAGAUGCAUGAUUUAUGAUUUAGAAUAAACUUCCAGGGAGAAAGGAAGCAGCAGACCACUCGAUGAUGUAAACAUAGGGACACAGGUAGUGAUCAAUGCGCCGCUAUAAAUAGUUUGUCUGUGUUAGCACUUAUAAUAACAAUAUGACUAAUACUUGUUGAUAUUUAAGUCACCAAAUGUAAAGGGAGUAUUGUUGGCAGUUUUUGAAUGAUUAUUUAUUGGAUUUUAUGAGCAAAAUAGUGGACCUACCAUUGGUCCCGCUGUAAGCAGACUUGUAUUUGGUGUCGUCCUCGCCAGUUUCGGGUCCAAAAUGGCUGUCAAUGUGUACCAACUUAUCGGAAUACCGACUCAGACUUCUUCUGUCCAGGUGAGAUGCAUGAUUUAUGAUCUGGAAUAAACUUACAGAGAGCGAGGAAGCAGUAGACCUCUCAAUUAUGUAAGCAUACGGACACGUGAAGUGACUAAUGCGCCGCUAUUAAUACUUAGUCUGCGUUAGCGCUUAUAAUAACUAUAUGACUAGUACAUGUUAAUAUUCAAGUCACCAAAUCUAAAGGGAAUAUUUUUGUUGGCACUUUUUAAAUGGAUUUUUGGGGGAUUUUAUGGGCAAAAUAGUGGACCUACCAUUGAUCCCGCUGUAAGCAGACUUGUAUUUGGUGUCAUCUUCGCCAGUUUCGGGUCCAAAAUGGCUGUGGAAGUGUACCAACUUGUCCGAUUACCUACUCAGACUUCUUCUGUCCAGGUGAGAUGCAUGACUUAUGAUCUGGAAUAAACUUCCAGGGAGCGAGGAACCAGCAGACUACUCAAUUAUGUAAAAAUAGGGACACGUGAAGUGAUUAAUGCGCCGCUAUUAAUACUUAGUCCGCGUUAGCGCUUAUAAUAACAAUAUGACUAGUACAUGUUAAUAUUCAAGUCACCAAAUGUAAAGGGAGUAUUGUUGGCAGUUUUUGAAUGAUUAUUUAUUGGAUUUUAUGGGCAAAAUAGUGGACCUACCAUUGGUCCCGCUGUAAGCAGACUAGUAUUUUUUGCGUCCUUGCCAGUUUCGGGUCCAAAAUGGCUGUCAAGUGUACAAACUUGUCGGAGUACCUACUCAGACUUCUUCUGUCCAGGUGAGAUGCAUGAUUUAUGAUCUGGAAUAAACUUCCAGGGAGCGAGGAAGCAGCAGACCACUCGAUGAUGUAAACAUAGGGACACAGGUAGUGAUCAAUGCGCCGCUGUUAAUAAUUUGUCUGUGUUAGCACUUAUAAUAACAAUAUAACUAAUAUUUGUAAUAUUAAAGUCGCAAAAUGUGAAUGGUUAUUUAUUGGAUUUUUUUAGCAAAAUAGUGGACACACCAUUGAAACCGCUUUAUGCAGACUUGUAUUUUGUGUCGUCCUCGCCAGUUUCGGGUCCAAAAUGACUGUCAAAGUGUACCAACUUGUCGGAAUACCUACUCAGACUUCUUCUGUCCAGGUGAGAUGCAUGGUUUAUGAUUUAGAAUAAAUUUCCAGGGAGAAUGGAAGCAGCAGACCACUCGAUGAUGUAAACAUAGGGACACAGGUAGUGAUCAAUGCGCCACUGUUAAUAAUUUGUCUGUGUUAGCACUUACAAUAACAAUAUGACUAAUACUUGUUAAUAUUUAAGUCACCAAAUGUAAACGAGUAUUGUUGACGCUUUUUAAAUGGUUAUUUAUUGGAUUUUAUGUGCAAGAUAGUGGACCUACCAUUGAUUCCAUUGUAUGCAGACUUGUAUUUGGUGUCGUCCUCACCAGUUUCAGGUUCAAAAUGGCUGUCAAAGGGUACCAACUUGUCGGAGUAUCUAUACUCAGACUUCUUCUGUCCAGGUGAGAUGCAUGAUUUAUGAUCUGGAAUAAACUUACAGAGAGCGAGGAAGCAGCAGACCACUCAAUUAUGUAAACAUAGGAACACAGGAAGUGAUAAAUGCGCCGCUAUAAAUAGUUUGUCUGUGUUAGCGCUUAUAAUAACAACAUGACUAAUACUUGUUCAUAUUCAACUCACCAAAUGUAAAUGGGGUAUUAUUGGCACUUUUUGUUAUGGGUUUUUAUUGGAUUUUAUGGGCAAAAUAGUGGAGCUACCAUUGAUCCCGCCGUAAGCAGACUUGUAUUUCGUGUCAUCCUCGACAUUUUCAGGUUCAAAAUGGCUGUCAAAGUGUACCAACUUGUCGGAAUACCUACUCAGACUUCUUCUGCCCAGGUGAGAUGCAUGAUUUAUGAUCUCAGAUAAACUUCCAGGGAGCGAGGAAGCAGCAGACCACUAAAUGAUGUAAACAUAGGGACACAUGAAGUGAUCAAUAAAUAAUUUGUCUGCGUUAGCGCUUAUAUUAACAAUAUGACGAAUAGUUGUUAAUAUUCAACUCACCAAAUGUAAAUGGAGUAUUGUUGGCAGUUUUAAAAUGAUUAUUUAUUAAGUUUUAUGGGCAAAAUGGUGGAUUUACCAUUGAUCCCGCUGUCAGCAGACUUGUAUUUAUUUCAUUUAAUAUUUAAAAUUCAUUUUUAAAAAAUCCAUCGGUCACAUGUCUCAUAAUGAAUGUGAACAAUUGGUGAAAUUCCACAAAAGGUGCACUUCGUCCUUAAAAAUAAAAUCUUUAUCUGUAUGAGUAGCUUCUUUGUGUCCUCCCAAAGACAAGUAACUAUGCUGCAAUGCAACAUAAAACAAAAUUUAGACAGUGUGUAAUAGUUUUAUCUUGGACUCGGACUAGAUACAUUUUAUUUAUCCAUUAGAUGUCCAAACAAAUCAAAGGUCGAACACUUCCUUGGAGUAAUGGACUUCUGGGAGUCCACUGUAGCCACAACAGUACCAGAAAACCAUCACAGUGACUAAUAUCCGCAGGGCUUGUGUUUGUUCAUUUUAACAACAACGUUUUUUGUGUUUAACCUCUUUGUCAAAACCGUAAUGGAAACGCAUCUUUUUCCCUAUUUGUAUUUUGUUCCAAGUCCAAGCAGAUGAUGUGAAUGUCCAAUGUCCCUUCGAUCCGUUUCCAGUGAUUCUUCAAUGUCUUAUUAUCUGAAGGCAGUUGUUUAUUAUCCACCUGCACUCUCCCACUGUGUACUUUCUGCUAUCACUGAGCCUGGAUCAGAGCUUGUAUUCAAUCCAUACUGUACAUACUGUAUGUGGUCGGGAACCUUGUCUGUAAAGUUGAUUUACCGCCUGCCACUCUUUCUAUCAUGUCACUUAAUCAGCACUUAUGUCAUCCGUGUGUAACAUAAAGUGCAUUAGACCGACUCUCCCCUGUCACCGAGUAAUCUCUUUCUGACUGGUAGGGCUAGGAAAAAAACUACAAACCCCAAAACCAGUGAAGUUGUCACUGUAAAUGGUAAAUAAAAAGAGAAUACAAUGAUUUGCAAAUCAUUUUCAACUUAUAUUCAAUUGAAUAGACUGCAAAGACAAUAUACUUAACGUUCGAACUGGAAAACGUAAUUAUUUUUUGCAAAUAUUAACUCAUUUGUGUUUUGAUGCCUACAACGUGUUUCAAGAAAGCUAGCACAAGUGGCAAAAAAGACUGAGAAAGUUGAGGAAUGCUCAUCAAACAUUUAUUUGUAACAUCCCACGGGUGGACAGGCUCAUUGGGAACAGGUGGGUGCCAUGAUUGGGUAUAAAAACAAACUGCCAUGAAAUGCUCAGUCAUUCACAAACAAGGACGGGGCGAGGGUCACCACUUUGUCAACAAACUGUCCAAAAGUUUAAGAACAACAUUUGUCAACCAGCUAUUGCAAGGAAUUUACAGAUUUCACCAUCUACGGUCCGCAAUAUCACCAAAAGGUUCAGAUAAUUUGGAGAAAUCACUGCACGUAAGCGAUGAUAUUACGCACCUUCGGUGCCUCAGGCGGUACUGCAUCAAAAAGCGACAUCGGCGUGUAAAGGAUAUCACCACAUGGACUCAGGAACACUUCAGGGAACCUCUGUCAGUAACUACAGUUGGUCGCUACAUCUGUAAAUGCAAGAUAAAACUCUACUAUGCAAAGCGAAAGACAUCUAUAAGUUAAGUGAAAAAAUUUUAAGUACCAAUGAUAUCACACACACUAGGUGUGGUAAAAUUUUUCCUCUGCAUUUGACCCAUCCCCUUGAUCACCCCCUGGGAAGUGAGGGGGGUAGUGGGCAGCAGCAGUGCUGCGCCCGGGAAUCAUUUAUGGUGGUGUAACCCCCAAUUCCAACCCUUGAUGCUGAGUGCCAAGCAGGGAAGCAAUGGGUCCCAUUUUAUCAACAACACCCAGAAACAGCGCCGGCUUCUCUGGACCUAAACUCAUCUAAGAUGGACUGAUGCAAAGUGGAAAAAUGUUCUAUGGUUUGACGAAUCCACAUUUCAAAUUGCUUUUGGAAACUGUGGACGUCGUGUCCUCCGGACUGUUCUAGGCGCAAAUUUGAAAAGCCAGCAUCUGUGAUGGAAUGGGGGUGUAUUGGUGCCCAAGGCAUGGGUAACUUACACAUCUGUGAAGGCAUCAUUAAUGCUGAAAGGUACAUACAGGUUUUGGAGCAACAUAUGUUGCCAUCCAAGCAACGUUAUCAUGGACGCCCCUGCUUAUUUCAGCAAGACAAGGCCAAGCCAUGUGUUACAACAGCGUGGCUUCAUAGUAAAAUAGUGCGGGUACUAGACUGGCCUGCCUGUAGUCCAGAACUGUCUCCCAUUGAAAAUGUGUGAUGCAAUUUAAAGCUUAAAAUAGCACAACUUAAGCUUUACAUCUCCUCGGUUCCCAAACCUUUAAUGAGUGUUGUUAAAAGGAAAGGCCAUGUAAAACAGUGGUAAAAAUGCCCCUAGGACAACUUUUUUGCAAUGUGUUGCUGCCAUUAAAUUCCAAGUUAAUGAUUAUUUGCAAAUAACAUGAAAUAUCUUGUCUUUGCAGUCUAUUCAAUUGAAUAUAAAUUGAAAAGGAUUUGCAAAUCAUUGUAUUCUCUUUUUAUUUACCAUUUACACAAGGUGCCAACUUCACUGCUUUUGGGUUUUAGUACUUGAAUGUUCAGAAGACAAAACCGCCCUUCAGUCAAAUCUGUAUUCUAACAAAUUUGGCGCAGGAAUAAUCCAAGGAGAGGACAUUUCCCACGUGAAGUAUGUGACCUGUGUCUGUGCACUUUCCUGCUCAGUUACUCAUUAAGGCUCAGCCAAACAAUCCUGCCUGUUUACUGACCUCCGGGCUGCCUUAUCGAUGACGUCAUCAUAUGGACGGAUGCUGAGGUUUUUGGCAACACGUAUACACUAAAAAAAGGGGAGCGCCGUUCAUGUUUUUGUCGACCGAGGAAACAUAAUUCCCCUUUUUUAUACGACUCCCAUCCAACACAUUAUAAUUGCAAGGUCCGGGACUUUUUUUUUUUUUUUAAUCUCAUUUCCUCUCGUGACACCUAAAGUAAGUUUGUGGUAACUUAUUAAGAGGAUCCUAUCGUUGUACAUUUAUGUCUUUAUGAUCACACUUUACUGUCUCAUGGCUUGAGAGCAAUGGAUUUUUUUUUUUUUUCUUUUUAUAAUACUGACUCGCAGCAAAGGUGGCUCAAGUGCAGUCGUGGAAAUACAAGAUUGAACACCUUGAGCGGUGGCUUUCUUGGACCAUUUUAUUCCUACACAUGCUGAUGUUGGACUGGGGGGAAAGAACGCAUCUCUAGAAUGUAAGUCAUGUUCUUAGUGAAGUUGUCACGUUGUGUAAAUGGUAAAUAAAAAGAGAAUACAAUGA